AGAGACAAGCGAUGGGAGAAAUAACGAGAGGCCAAAAACAGAAAAGUGCAGACGAUGGAAUUGAUACGACAACGAUCCUGGUAUAGGAGGAUGCUCGGAUAGAAGGCAAAGGAGAGGAAGGGUUUUUUCUGCUUCUCUUGGCACCUUGAGAGAGCCUCCUCUUUGGAUCACAGAAGAGUGGAGAGAGGGGAAGGAAAUCGGAGAUCAUCUCACUUUGCUUUUGGCCUCGGAGGUCUGUAUGCUAACAACUCGGAUCACAGCAGAUGUCUUAUUUCCGGACCAUGUUUUAGGGAAAUCUUUUCAACUUCUCUGCUCUUUUUUUUUUUCUCCCAAUGACGCACCAGUGUGGCAGCAUCCUUGCACCGUGUGCAGGUGCAGCAAGGAUGCUUGGAUGCUGUAAUAGCUAACCGAGCUCCAUUGCUGCUGCUGCUCCGCCACUACUCUGUGGGCCUACGGGACUGCCGGAAAAGCCUAGCCAUCUCUUGUCGGGACUGAGACGACGGCAAGCUCCUCGACUUCCCCCAGGGUGGAGGAGGAACCGGCGGAGGAUGAGGGGCACUGUUAGCCUGCAUGCGCAUGGGAUGCAGCCCGUACAAGAGCUGUAUUCAUCACUCCAGACGCAUUGCUGAGGCUUCCAUUCCUUUUAGAUGAUGCUAGUCAGACCUUCCAUAGCUAUUCCUCACGAGAAACUAUUUCACAAUUAGAGGCGAAGAAGUCAGCGGCCUGUGCUUCCCCUGAUACCGGGUUCAAGCAAGGCCUCCAACCUUCUUGCUACUUCUGAGUAAACUAGGCCUCUGUUGCUCUUUUUCUUGACAUUCUAAGGAUUUGCCAAAACCUGUUUCAUGCAUGUCCACUGGAGGCAGGUUUGACUUUGAUGAUGGGGGGUCGUACUGCGGGGGGUGGGAGCAGGGAAAAGCCCACGGUCGAGGGGUCUGCACGGGGCCACAGGGUCAGGGCGAGUACGCAGGAGCGUGGAGUCACGGCUUUGAGGUCCUGGGUGUGUACACAUGGCCCAGUGGGAACAGCUACCAGGGCACCUGGGCGCAGGGCAAACGGCACGGUAUCGGAGUGGAGAGCAAGGGCCGCUGGGAGUAUAGAGGGGAAUGGACACAAGGCUUUAAAGGCCGCUAUGGGCAGCUGGAGAGCACGGCCAGCGGCGCCCGCUAUGAGGGGACGUGGAGCAACAGUCUGCAGGAUGGAUACGGCACUGAAACCUACUCUGAUGGAGGAACCUACCAGGGCCAGUGGCUGGGUGGGAUGCGUCAUGGGUACGGUGUGCGGCAGAGCGUGCCAUACGGCAUGGCAGCCGUCAUCCUCUUCCCUCUGCGAACAUCCAUAAACUCUCUCCGUUCCGAGCACAACCACGGCCCCCCUGCUGUGUUCGAGGAUGGCACUGCCUCCACGCCCACGGAUGGAAUGGUGGCUGGGUUGGCUGGCAGCCCGGUGGGCCGAGGUGGCUUUGCCCUGACCGCUCCAAGUGAAGCUGAACGCCAGAGAAAGAGGAAAGGCCGCUUCCGGCAGUCUAUCCUAAGCGGACUGAAACUGCGACGCUCUGAAUCCAAAAGCUCACUGGCCAGUCAGCUCAGCAAGCAAAGUUCCUUCUGCAGUGAGGCUGGCAUGAGUACAGUCAGCUCCGCCGCCUCCGAUAUCCACUCCAAUGCUAGUGAGAACGAACAGAGUGCCCCCGUGGAUGCGACUGUGACAGAAAUGUACGCGGGCGAGUGGCGUAGCGACCACAGGGCCGGCUGGGGGGUGAGUCGCCGUUCGGAUGGCCUUCAGUACACAGGCGAAUGGGCGGCGAACAAAAGGCACGGGUACGGAUGCACCACCUUCCCAGACGGCACCAAGGAGGAGGGGAAGUACAAGCAGAACAUGUUGGUGAGCGGCAAGCGCAAGAACCUGAUCCCACUGAGGGCCAGUAAAAUUCGGGAGAAGGUAGACAGAUCUGUGGAGGCUGCUGAAAAGGCUGCAGAAAUUGCCAAGCAGAAAGCUGAGAUUGCCAUGUCAAGAAUGAGCCACGCUCGGGGAAAGGCGGAAGCGGCUGAGGGAGUUGCACAGAAGGCCGUGGAAGAAUGCCGACUGGCCAGGAUAGUAGCCAAAGAGCUCUCACCCUCCUUCUUCAUCUAUGGCAAUGGACUCGAAUGUCAGAGGCCUCAGCACCAAGACGCCAAGGACAAAGACCACGAGGUCAUCUCUACAGGAACAGACAGUCCGGAGCUGUGUACUCCCGACACCACACCGCCUGUAAUAACACCCGAGCUUAGCCCCGUGCUGAAUGUCUCCAUCUGUCCACCCCGCAGCCCACCCAAGCAUGUCCAUCGUUCUAGAAAUGCUUGCUUUAUGAGACAAAGUGCUGUGGAUGAUCAGGGUGGAGCAGAAAUCCAGGUACUUGUUGAAACGCGGGGGAUGGACCUAUUGAAGGGCGAGGCCAUCAACUGGGCAGAUGACAUGUACCCUGAUCGAGGAUGCGGCAGCCGCUCCACCACACCCUCUCUACUAGAAGAACAGGAGGGACAUAUGAAUGGCCACGAUCCAGCUCCUUUGUCCAACCACAAGCUACGGGAGAAAUCCCUGUCCAAUCACAAGGUCCGGGAGCACACUUCCUCCCAUAGAGCGUGGGAGCACUCUUUGUCCAACCAAAAGUCAUCCAAACAUGCAUCUUUCAAUCACAAAUCAAGGGAGUACACGUCAUCCAAUCACAAAACAUGGGAUCAUUCUUCUACCAACCAUAAGGCUUGUGAACAUGUCUCUUCCAACUACAGGCCGCAGGUGCACAUUUUGUCCAAUCACAAGGCCUUGGAACAUAACAUGUCCAAUCACAAGACAUCUGAGCAUGCUUCCAACAAUCACAACUCCCAAGAUUACAUAUCUUCCAAUCACAACCCCAAGGACCACGUUGCCUCUAGUUACAACCCCCGAGAGCAUGCCUUCUCCAACCAUCUAACGCAGCACAAUUCCUCCAACCACAAGCUGAGUGAGCAUGCUGUAAUUGACCAAAGGCAAGAUGGCCUCAACGAGGGUUGGACUGCAGAAAGCACCCUCAGGUGGAGCCCCGCCCACUCACGCCUUGCAGAGCAAGAUGAAGAGAGGAUGAAUGAAUACGCCGUUGAUUUGAGGCUUCAGUGUCCAGAUACGCAGAAAAAAACGGCGCCCAAAAACAACCGGCUGCGAUCCCGCGGUUUGAGACCAGUCAGAGAAGGAUCUAUGGACUCUGUCCAGAUGCUGGAUAAUCUGAGUGUGGGGGCGGAGCUUGAGGAAUGGCCACUGCAUCGGGACCUCACGCUAUCCCCGCCGCUUCAGUCUCAGCCCAUUGUUCUGGAGCAGGAAGGAGAGCUUCUUACCCUCAAAUCAAACUCAGGCUCCAGCUCCAUUCUGGUGGUUAUGGUCAUCUUACUCAAUAUUGGAGUAGCAAUUCUUUUCAUUCAUUUCUUUAUUUAAGCUUAUACAGGUAUGAUCAACAAAGACUUGUUGAUUACUGCAGUAUAUUAUAUUCUGACUUACCAAGAUGGAUGUUCUGCUUUUUUUCGACUGGAGCCCACAGCCUGAAUGACGGUUACAGCAGUGAAGAGGCUCAUCGAGUUCCUGCGUGACCGAUGCUCCUUUCAUAUGUGUAUUUUUUUUGCUUACAACCAUGAAAAAGGUGAUUGAAUAACACAGAAAGUGAAGGCUUUACACUACCGAGGCGUGUUUGGACACACGUGCAUGGGUGUCCAUUGCAUACUGUUACAUUGACUGGCACAGGCAGUUUUGGCCAGUUUUUUUGUCAAAAAUACAAAACCCAUGCUUCCUAAUUAUCAUGAAAAACAUGCUAACCAAGAGCACGAAAAUCAGCCUCCUUCCUGUAUUGCACAUACAAACCAACCUUUUGUCUUUUCACCAUUUCAUAUCUUGUUCACCUCAUUCACCAGUUUCCUACUGUCUGUUGUCACUAUGCGAUACAUCCAGAACUAUGCUGCAAGAGUAGAUUCCUUUAAAGGGCUCGGCCAUUAUGUUUUUUUAUUUAUACAAACCUAUUUGCAACUUUUGCAUGAGGCUGCGUGAAGCAUUAAAUAAAAUGCAUUGUCAAUCCCUUUAACAUCACCAUUCUGUCUGCAUUCGUUUGGAUUCCAGUCCGAGUGAUCACUUUGUGUACUUGUGUAACCCUGCGCGGUCCAGCCCCGCACACACCAGGACUCAAACCUAUGACCACACGCCAACCUCUGUCUGAGAGUCAAGCACGCGAGCCAAUAGGCUGAAAAUCUCAAGUGUUCAACUCGGGUUGCUAACUCCCUGAAAAAUGAACGAGGGACACCUUGUUGGCAGGGCCAGCCAACCAGUUCGUCUUCACUCCUAACGGUGGGAUUUAUUUUUGCAUUUUUUUAAAUAUGUUUCAAACCGUUUUUUUUGGUUUGGAGUAAUAUGAAUACAAAGGGGAACAUAUUUAAUUUUUCAGUGCAAAAUAACAACAUUAAUAGAGUAAAUCAAAUAGCUGUCUUUUGGCGUUUUCCUGUUCAAGUCGCCACAGCGAGACAAUCGCAUGAUUAAAUUAAUUUUUAUUCUGGAAACUUUUGCUGACACAUUUGUACCUGCGCUCUUUGCGUCUGAAGGCAGACGCUUGUACUGUUAAACUGCCAGAGAUGAACACAAGUUGACAAAUUCUGUUACAGUGGUACUUCGGCUUACUGAUUUAAUUGGUUCUGUGAUGGAGUUUGUAACCCAAAAUGCUCAAAUUUCAAAUCAAUGUUUAUCAUUGAAAUUAAAGAAAUUUCUAUUCUGGGCCCUACUAGAACCCCACAAUUUAAACAUGAAGCAUACAUUUUUUGCCCAACCAGUCUACAUGUGCUUUGUGGACUUGGAGAAGGCAUUCGACCGUGUCCCUCGGGAAGUCCUGUGGGGAGUGCUCAGAGAGUAUGGGGUUUCGGACUGUCUGAUUGUGGCGGUCCGCUCCCUGUAUGAUCAGUGUCAGAGCUUGGUUCGCAUUGCCGGCAGUAAGUCGGACACGUUUCCGGUGAGGGUUGGACUCCGCCAAGGCUGCCCUUUGUCACCGAUUCUGUUCAUAACUUUUAUGGACAGAAUUUCUAGGCGCAGUCAAGGCGUUGAGGGGAUCCGGUUUGGUGGCUGCAGGAUUAGGUCUCUGCUUUUUGCAGAUGAUUUGGUCCUGAUGGCUUCAUCUGGCCAGGAUCUUCAGCUCUCACUGGAUCGGUUCGCAGCUGAGUGUGAAGCGACUGGGAUGAGAAUC